CGGAUGAUUUUUUGUGGGCGGUGUCCGUAGAAGGAAGAAGUACCGUUUCUUCUAGUCGUGAUGAUAGAAACCGGCAUAUGAACCACUCCUCUUUCUCUGAACAUAUUGAACCAGACGGGACCUCCACUGCACAUUCAAAUAAAAACCUUCAGAACCCAGGAAUACUUAAUAUAGGUAUUGAAUACUUCAGAAAUUUUAAUGUCGGGCAUUAAUAGGAAGCUAAAUAAUAUGAUGGAGACGGAGAUCCACGUGCCGGUUGGAUCACCGACGAUUAGAAAAUUCCAGAUAUUCGUGGACGAACAUAACGUGACGGAGGGGGCGAUGAAGCUGAUUAAACAGCUCAGACCGGGCUGGGACCCGAACCUGAUUCGGACGAAGCUGUUCACAGAUGGCACAACUAACAAACUGGUGGGGUGUUAUGUGGAGGACUGCCUUGAUGAUACGGUGCUGGUGAGGGUGUACGGCAACAAGACGGAGCUGAUAGUGGACCGAGACAACGAACUGAAGAGCUUCCAGGUUCUGCACGCCAAUGGUUGUGCACCACGACUUUACUGCACUUUUCAGAAUGGCAUCUGCUACGAGUUCAUGCAAGGACGCGCUCUGGAUACUCAAGACGUCAGGGACCCCGUGUUACUCAGACUGAUCGCACGAGAAAUGGCCCGCAUUCACGCCAUCCACGCACACAACGGCUGCAUUCCCAAACCCAACCUGUGGAUCAAAAUGCGCAAGUACUUCUCGCUGGUGGCCACUGAGUUCACAGACCAAGCCUCCAACGUCAGAAUCCAGCAGGAAGUGCCCAGUCAGGAAGUGCUAGAACAGGAAAUGAUGUGGAUGAAGGAACACCUGUCGCAGCUGGGCUCUCCUGUAGUGCUCUGUCACAACGACUUGCUCUGCAAGAACAUCAUUCACAACGCAAAGGAGGGUCAUGUUCGGUGUAUCGAUUAUGAAUACUCCAGUUACAACUACCAAGCAUUUGACAUUGGAAAUCAUUUUAAUGAAUUUGCAGGAAUGAGUGAACCUGACUAUAACCUUUAUCCCAGUCGAGAGAUGCAGUUGGACUGGUUGCACACUUACUUGCAGGCCUACAAGCUCUUUUCCAAGAAAGGUGAAGAGGUGAGCCAGCUCGAACUGGAGACGCUCUAUGUACAGGUCAACAAGUUUGCUCUGGCCUCACAUUUCUUCUGGGGUUUCUGGGCCCUGAUCCAAGCCAAGUACUCCACCAUCGAGUUUGACUUCCUCGGGUAAGCAGUGUACCCAGCUCAGCAAACCUUUCAUCUCUGUUAUGGGGAGGAAUUAUUUACAGGCAUAAA